AUGGAAGAGGGGGUCACGUACGCCGAUCUGCGCUUGCCCCCCACACCAGCUCCUCAGCAGUCGGUGCGGCUGCCCUGGUGCUGGGCAGCCCUCAGCCUGGCUCUGCUCUCCCUGCUGCUCCUGCUGGCACAAAUCAUCCUCGCCAGCUUGAGCUUCCACUAUUUAGGACAACAGGCGAGCUGCACCCAUGGUCUCUGGAGCAUGGAGGAGAGCCCCAGCUACGGGCAACAGACACGGCGAGGGCGAUGCCAGUUCUGCCCGGCCGGCUGGCUUUGGGAUGCGGGGCAGUGCUACUACUUCUCCUCUGCCAAAAAGAGCUGGGAUCAGAGCAGAGAGGACUGCUGCUCCAGAGGGGCACAGCUGGUCACCAUCCGAGCCAACGCCACCUUGGCUUUCCUGGUGCGUACAGCCAACAUGGAGGUCUUCCACGUGGGGCUGAAGCGGGAUGGCUCCAGGUCUGACUGGAAGUGGCUGGAUGGCACCGCACUGAAGGGGAUCUUCCCAAUCCAGCGGUCCACCAGCUCCUUCCUGGCCUGUGGCAGGGUGUCAGGCUUGGGGCUGUCAGGCGGUCUGUGCAGGGAAGCCCUCGGCUGGGUCUGCGAGCAGAGUGCGGCCACCCUGCAGUGGCUCCGGUCCUCACCUCCUGCCUUCCUCUGGGGAAACACCACCUAUGCCUGUGUGGGGCCCUGA